AAAUGGCGAUACAUAUAUCCAUCUAUCCAAAGUGUUUGACCCAAACCAAAAGGCUCCCCCAUCUCCUUUUCUGAAUUGAUCAACAGCUAGCCACGUAGUACGUGCAAACUAGUACUCCAACCGUCCAACGCCUUCCCGUCUAUUUGUUCAGGAGUGCAAGGAAGAGCUAGCUACGUACGCACACGUACCCUUGGCCAUGGCCGUGGAGCCGGUCCUCGAAGCGGCGGCGCCCGUGCUGCCGUCGCCGUCGCCCGCCACAUCGGCGUCGAAGCGGAAGCGGUCGAGGCAGAUCAUGGCGCCAAGCGAGGAGGAGCAGCUAGCGCUGUGGCUGCUCAUGCUGGCGCGCGGCCACCGCGACCAGGAGCGGCUGCACGGGUGCGCCUUGUGCGGCAAGGCGUUCCCCUCCUACCAGGCCCUCGGCGGCCACAAGGCCAGCCACCGCAAACCACCUUCCCUUCCGGCUCCGGCGUCGGGCGCAGACGAGCAGCAGCAGCCGCAGGCGACGGCGGCCUCGUCGGGGUAUGUGUCCGGCGGCGGCAAGCUUAAGGCGCACGAGUGCAACGUGUGCGGGAAUGCGUUCGCGACGGGGCAGGCGCUGGGCGGCCACAAGAGGAGGCACUACGACGGCACCAUCGGCAGCGCCAAGGGCGCCUCCAUGGCGACAGCAGUGAACCGAACCCGGCCGGGGUUCGACCUGAACCUGCCGGCGCUGCCGGAGGCGGUCGUCGUGGCGGAUCAUCGUCAGGACAAGUUGCUCAGCCGGGGUUCAACCUCCUCCUUGGAGAAGAAGCCCAGGCUCAUCCUCACCGCGUGAACACAACAAUUGACUUGGCAAAAUGGCAAUUGCUUGGUUGACUGUGCAUAAAUCAUAAUACUUUGUCAAAAUUACUCAACCCGUAAGAUAUAGAUUUAUAGGUUAGCGUCUGUUGAUUAUUUAGUUGUUGCGGACAGACAGAUAGCUGGUUGGGUGGUGACUAUUCAUAAUUCGUUCAUUGAUUAAUUACAACGUUUGUGUUGUGUACAUAACGUUUGUGAUUAUAGGAAAUGUACUGCUCACUACUUCAUCCAUUGUUCAUAUUGUAGGUUUAGCUAGCUGAUCAGCCACGUACAAUUCGGAGUACAUUGUUUCUUUCAUUGGCUUGAUCGGAUGAUAUUUGGUUAUGUU